UUAACUUGGCAGGGAGUGAAGAUACUGCUGGAAAAACGGAAGUACCGGGAGUUAUAAUUUCUACCAGCAAGCUGGAGACCACGACAUGACGGGUUGGCAAUAAGUGUCAUAUGAAAACUGUGACUGACUUCAAGUUCAAGAGACAGAAUCGAUGUAUCCGUCAUCGUCAUCGUCGUCGUGUUCGUCUUCGUCUUCGCACACCCAAACGGGGCUGACCCGCUAUGGCUCUGCCCCUGGGUCUCUGUUGACCAGCACCGUGGAUGCCAUCAUAGGAGUAGGAGUAGGAGGAGGAGGAAGAGGGUCGCGCCCUCAAUACUACUCUGGGCCUGGGCCGGGGGGAGAGUCUUCGGAGUCAAGGUUCAAGGAGCAGAGAUCUUCUUACGAUGAUGCUUUUGGGGGAGGAUCCUGCUCCCUCCUCCGUCAGAAAAGCUCUCCCCCUGGCUUCCUCACCCAUCUCGCCAAUCACAAUCACAAUCACAAUCACAAUGGAGGAGGAGGAGCGGGAGGGUUCACGAUCACAAGAGGCAGCGGAAGCUACAACAGCAGCCAAGAGUUGAAGUCUCAACUCAGCUUCACAGCCCAAGAUUCUCUUUCUCUCUCUCACACUCACGCCCACCCCACCACUUCCGACAAUACUAAUACUACUACAACCACUCAUUCUUAUGCUGCCGCCGCCUUUGGAAUCGAACCCUGGGACACUUCCAAUUCCAUCGUUUUUUCUGCUCCCCCAAAUAAGCGUUCUAAAAUUACCAACGACGAUCCUGACUUUCUACAUUGCCUCGGUGCCUUGGAAUCUCAGUUUAGUGUGCCCCAAACAUCUCUGGAAAUGGCAACGAUGGACAAGCUUUUGCAUAUCCCUGAAGAUUCUGUCCCUUGUAAGAUCCGUGCUAAGCGAGGCUGUGCUACUCAUCCCCGCAGCAUUGCAGAACGGGAGAGAAGAACUAGAAUAAGUGGGAAGCUCAAGAAGUUACAGGACCUUGUACCUAAUAUGGAUAAGCAAACAAGCUAUUCAGACAUGCUGGAUUUGGCCGUCCAACAUAUUAAAGGUCUUCAAAAUCAAGUCCAGAAGCUUCACAAUGAACUUGAGAAUUGCACUUGUGGAUGCAAACAAAGCGUAUAACUUAUUUUGGCCGCGUGCAUAGAAUUCAAGGUUUUGAUGGCAAAGAAUGAAAAGUGAUUUUGUACCUUCCUACUUACAUGAAUAAUGAAGGAAUCGAAAGAUUGUAGAUUAUCAAUUCGACAAUUGUACAGUCUGUAGUAAUCUGGUAAUCUAGAAAAAUCUCUUCAUUUUCUUCACGAAUCAAGAAUCGCCUUUUAAAGUCGAGAUUGAUUUUCUGUUGACUAUGAUUUAUUUUCUUGUUUGGUUACGUCUGUCACACUGGACUAUUAAUUUUUAUGGAAUCAGAACAAGAAUG